UGCGGGGCCGCGGGCCGCGCCCGUAGCGCGCCGGGCCGGGCCGAGCCAGGCAUGCAGGGCAAGGGCAAACUGCUGGUGGUCCACAACGGGCGCAUGGGCCCGGCCGUGUCAGAUGGAGAGUUAAAUGCCUCCCGGGCCCGUGGCAGCAACCACAGUGUGAACAGCCUGCCAGGCGCACCAGCCACGUGUGGAUCCAGCCAGGGCUCUGUGGUCAGCUGGGCUGAAUCCUUCGAGACGCUGCUGCAGGACCGUGUGGCUGUCACCUACUUCACUGAGUUCCUCAAGAAGGAGUUCAGUGCUGAAAAUGUCUACUUUUGGCAGGCAUGUGAGCACUUCCAGCAGAUCCCAGCCAGUGACACACAGCAGCUGGCCCAGGAGGCACGGCGGAUCUACGAUGAGUUCCUCUCCAGCCACUCGGUCAGCCCUGUGAACAUUGACAAGCAGGCCUGGAUUGGGGAGGACAUGCUGGCCACCCCCUCCCCAGACAUGUUUCGCAUCCAGCAGCUCCAGAUCUUCAACCUGAUGAAGUUUGACAGCUACACACGUUUUGUGAAAUCCCCCCUGUACCAGGCCUGCCUGCGGGCAGAGAGCCAGGGCCAGCCCCUGCCUGACCUGCGGCCCCACUCCCGCAGCAGCAGCCCCCCUCCUGACCUCAGCAAGAAGACGAAGCUGAAGCUGGGCAAGUCGCUGCCCCUGGGCGUGGAGACGGCGGGCAGCAGUGCCAGCCGCAGCCUGCAGCGCUCCUUCAGGAAGGGAGAGCGGCGGGAGCCCUCCUGGGCAGAGGGGGGAGAAGGCAGCAGGAGCGCCAUGCUGUGGAGGGAAUCCCAGGGCUCACUCAACUCCUCAGCCAGCCUGGACCUGGGCUUCUUGUCCUCGGCCAGCACAGCCACCAGCCCCUGCACAGAGGGCCAGCAGAAGAGCCUGGGGGGCAGCGAGGCCGAGCUGCCAGGCAAGCCCAUGAAGUACUGCUGCGUGUACCUGCCUGAUGGCACAGCCUCGCUGGCCUCCGUCCGGCCCGGCCACUCCAUCCGGGACAUGCUGGCCGGGCUGUGUGAGAAACGCGGCUUCAGCCUCCCCGACAUCAAGGUCUUCCUGGUGGGCAAUGAGCAGAAAGCAUUGGUGCUGGACCAGGAGUGCUCCGUGCUGGCAGACCAGGAGGUGAAGCUGGAGAACAGGAUAAGCUUUGACCUGGAAAUCUCCUCCCUCAACAAGACCAUCCGCAUCACAGCCAAGUCAACCAAGCGCAUCCGGGAGGCGCUGCAGCCCGUGCUGGGCAAGUACGGCGUGAGCGUGGAGCAGGCGCUGCUGCGCAGGCAAGGUGAGCCCGCCACGCUGGACUUGGAGAAGCUGGUCAGCACAGUGUCUGCUCAGAAACUUGUCUUGGAAACACCAGCAGACGUGCAAGUGAUGGGGAGUGCUGAGGCUGCAGCUGCCCCCUCUCUGCUCCGGAGUGAGGAGGGGAGCCCAACAGGAGCAGAGCCUGACACACGAUGGGAGAUGCCCUCCUCCUUCUCCAGGCCACAGUCUUCAGCUGCCAUGAACCUCAACCGCCGCACGUACGACCUGGAAGGGCUGGUGGAGCUGCUGAACCGUGCCCAGAGCUGCCGGGCCAACGACCAGCGUGGGCUGCUCUCUAAGGAGGACCUGGUCCUGCCCGACUUCCUCCAGCUCCCCGUGCAGGACAGCAGUGCCUGUGAGGGGUCACAGCAGCCCAGUGCCCCUCAGGCUGGCUCUGAGGGAAGCAGCUGCCCUCAGGAAGAGCCUGCUCUGGCUCAGCCUUCGUUGGACCACAAGCUCUGAUGAGUGCUGCUGCACGUCCACACCCAGCGUGUGGCACCCCCAGGCCCUGCCAGGGUUCAAGAGGGGCCCGACAGCCCCUGCCCUGCACCACUGACACUGCCCAGACUGCAGAUCCAUCCACGUCCUGUCCCACGCUGUCACGUCGUGUCCUGUGCGUGGCCGAGCAGCUGCCAUGCCCCUCUGUGGGGCCACAUCCCGGUGCACAUCAAGGGACUCUUGUACAUAGUCUGAACCCUCGUUGCAAAGCACUUUGCAACACCCCUGGCACUGCCCUGCCCAGUGCCUCUGCCCUGCCCAGCACAUCCUGCCUGUGUCGGGCUGACACAACCCCACUGAAAGCUCCUUUCCAACUGCAGGGUGUGCAGGAUAGACAGGCUGGGUGGGGAGGAAAGGCAGGCUCCAGUCCUGAACUGCAGUGCUGUGUGAGCAGGCAGGGUCAGCAGAACAUGUGCCCUGAGCUCAGAGCCAGAUCCAGUCCUGGCCCCGUGGGAACAGGGCUGCCCCGUUGUUGAUUUGCAAGUCCACCCUUCCUGGGGAGGGUGAGCGUGCCCCGGGCA